CAUCUAAAACAUGCGACGAAGUGCUCACGAGACAUGUCAACAAAAACUGACUAACACUGCCAGAUAGAGUUGAUGUCAAUCUGAAUAAUAACGAGCUGAAUUUUACUAUUGACCAUUAUAUCUUCAUUUCAAGAGCAUCCAAUGAGGGACUGAUAUCUCACAAUGGCAGAGAACACACUUUCGGGUGUAAAUGUUGUGCUUGUUAUGGCCUACGGCAGCCUGGUGUUUGUGCUGCUGUUCAUCUUUGUGAAACGGCAGAUUAUGCGCUUCGCUAUGAAGUCUCGCAGAGGACCGCACGUGCCACUGGGUCAUAACGCCCCUAAGGAUCUGAAAGAAGAGAUUGACUCCCAUUUGUCAAAAGUAAAUGAUAUUCGCUAUGAGCCACAUCUGCUCUCUCAGGAUGAUGAUCGACUAAAUCAUCAGAGCCAGAAUGGCUGUUAUAAUUAUCUGUUCAGAAUGCAAGCAUUAGAUGCCACCAGAGACUCAGAUAUCCCAUUUCACGUAAUGUGUCGCAGUGCCAGUGCUCUGACUGGACGCCGCUACAGGAACUGGCUUCUGGAUCUGCGCAACUCUCACUCUCCGUACAAGACAAGCCAUAGUGCACUCAUAGAUCGCUUGCUGGAGGGCUAUGACAACGCUCGCCAUGGAACUGGGGUGUUUGGUGAGGCAGAGUUUGUAAAGUAUAAAGAAGACCUAGCUGAACUGGCUGCUGUUGCAAAGACCUACUCCAGCAGCACCGGUCUAAACCAGCAGCACCAGCUGGCGGCUAAAGAUCUGACCAGCUCUCCUGGCCCCUCAUCUGCUUCUACCAUUCAGGUCACAUACCUGCCCUCCACCAGCCAGCGCAGCAAGAGACCCAAACACUUCUUGGAGCUCAAAAACUUUAAAGACAAUUACAACACUCUGGAGAGCACACUUUAAGGGACUAAACCUUUUGUUUAACUACUGUGUAAAUUUAGUGCAGAGAUUGUGAAUCAAAAGCUCCUUCAUGUAGAAUUGAACACAGGUGGGAGAUGCAGUGGCUGAGCUAUAAUGCUUUUGACAAAGACUGUGCUUUUAAAGGUUUACAGUAAACCAGGGUGUAACGAGACUGCUCCAAAGCACAGAGUGGAGCUGAGGAUUACUGAAAUUAUGAAAUAAUUUAUGACAUAAAGUCCCACUGCUUUGAGGAGAGCAAUGCAUUACUAAGUGUUCCAUUUGUAGUAUUAAUGUGUUCCUAGCAGAGAUGUCAUAAGAAUGCUUUUUUUGUUUUGUUUAUGUUAUAGGGACAGUCCACCCAAAAUUGAAAAAUCUGUCACAAUAUACUAACCCUAAUGUUGUUAGACUUACUUGCUUCCAUGGAAUACAAUAAGAGAUGUUAGGCAUAAUGUUUAAUAGUUACCAGUUACUAUUCACUUUUAUUGCAUCUCUUUUUUAUUUAUUUUGUAUUUAUUUUUUUAUACAAUGAAAGUGAAUGGUAUGGAAGCCCAUUUCUGCCACAUAAAAAAUAAAGAAAAAAGUGGCAAGUCAAAUUAUGAGAAACAAAGUCGAUAUUUUGAGAUAAAAUGUCAUUUCAUAAUUUUGACUUUUUAUCUCAAUUAUGACAUACUAUCUCAUAAAUGUGACUUAGCAUCUCAUAAUUAUGAAUUUUGAAAUCUCAUAAUUAUGACUUUUUAUCUCAAAAUUAUGACUUUGUAUCUCAUAAUUUGUAUGUACCAAAGCUCGAUUUUUGUUUUUCUGUGGUGGAAAUGGGCUUCCAUAGAAUGGUGAUUGAGGCUUACGUUCUGCUGAACAUUCUUCCAAGUAUCUCUUUUUUUUUUUUUUUCUCAUUCCGUGGAAGAUAGUCAUACGGGUUUGAAACAACAUGAGGGUGAGCAAAUUAUGACAGAAUUUUCAUAUUUAAGUGGACUGUCCCUUUAAAAGUCAUAGCCACAGAUUCCUAAUAGUCCUUUAUCAGAAUGGCCUUUUAAUACGAACUGGAAGAGGAAAGUUCAUAUCCUUUUAGUCCAAAGAGCAACAAGAACCAGUCCCUUUAACUUGGAUGAAAAAAAUUCUGGCUGGAAUAACUUAAUUCUUCUGAUACAAGCACUGGAAUUAUAAACGACUGUAUAGACAUGUACUGUUACAGCAGAAUAUACUGAUAGCACUUCAACUUGAGGUUUCUUUACAUGCCGGUUAAGGCUCUGGGCCACUUCCCUGAGAAGAGUUGUGCAGCCCAGACAUAAUCAGGCGAGAGUAUUAUGUGCUGUUGAUUGUCCACAUUUCCUUUAAGUGCAAUUUUAAUCUUUUAUUAGUUCAUGUAAAUGUGUAUAUGGGAGGAAUGCAAUUUGAGUCAGGAACUGAUAAAGUUGUGAUGGUACUAUAGCUUGAUGAGCUAGUAGAGGCUGUAUGCAUUGACUUUCACUGUAUUAUAAAGUGUCUUUGUCUUCUGUACCUCAGACUGAUCAACUGCACUGCCAUGUCUGUAGGAAUUACCACUAACAGAAUGCCACUGGUUACAUAUCUGAAUCAAAUUAUUCUUCCUUUUCAUCAAUGUUAGUGGGCACUGACUUUUGUCAAUUCCACACACACUAAAUUGAAGUUAUUGAAAUAACUUCUGCAUGCAAUGGUGUAUUACAAGCUCUAGGCUAUAGAGAAGUCACCCUCAGAAGAAAAAUAGAAAAUAAUUACUUUAUUUGUGAGGCUUAAAUGUAUUUCCAUUUGAAAAUAAAACACCCUGGUCCAUUUAUGACAGUGAUCAAAGGGAUUUACAGCAUUCCACCUCUUUUUUUCUCCCCAAUUUGGAAUGCCCAAUUUCCAAUGCACUCUAAGUCCUCGUGGUGGCGUAGUGACUCACCUCAGUCCGGGUGGCGGAGGACGGAUCUCAGUUAGUGGCUGUGGCUCGUUUGGAAGGCAGCGUCCUCCGGAGGUCGCAUUUGUCGGCGGCACACGUCAUCGAGGCGGUGUCGUUUCAGAAAAGCGAGUAGGACACUUUGAAUGCGACCUUCUUUCACGGGAAUUCGGAGGAUGCAUGGGGUGUAGAAAAAAAAAAUGACACCGAUUUGCCCUUAAAUAUGUUCAAACGCAAGGAAUGUUAAUUCCAAAGUUGAAGUACCUCAGUAGAUGGGUGCAGAGUAUGUAAUAUGUAUAAUUAUAUUAAUAUAUCAUUAAAAUAAAGUAUUAGACUAAAAGUA